UUCCACGAUAUCCUGCCCUGACCUUGCUAUAACCCACUAUAACAAUACUCUCUCUGCUGCACUUGACACUCUCGCUCCACCCCAACCUCGCAAAGCCCCACGUCGUCAGCUCCAACCCUGGCACUCCCAACAAACGCGUCACCUACAAAAAUGCUCCCGCACUGCUGAGCGUGCCUGGAGGAAAUCCCGCUCUGAACAUGAUUUCAUGCACUAUAAGUUCAUUCUCUACUCUUACACCUCUGCCCUUCGCUUAGCUAAGCAAACCUACUUCUCCUCUCUUAUAUCCACUCACUCCUCAAACCCUAAAAGACUCUUCUCUAUUUUCAACUCUCUCCUCUACCAACCUGCACCACCCCCCUCAUCUGCAUUCAGUGCUCAAGACCUAGCUGACUAUUUUCUCAAUAAAACACUUGCAAUCCGAGGAAACAUCCCAACACAAACCUGCAAUCUCCCAACUCCGCUCCCAGUCACCCCCUCUGCCACUCUCUGCACCCUCCUCCCAACCACUGAGAGUGAAGUGGCUUCCCUUUUGUCUUCCUCACACCUCACUACCUGCCCACUUGACCCUAUUCCCUCACAUCUAAUUCCUCCUCUGUCUACCACCCUCACUCCGGCUCUUACUCACAUAUUUAACCUAUCCCUUUCUACCGGCUCAUUCCCUGCCUCCUUCAAACAUGCGAAGGUCACCCCCAUCCUCAAAAAACCCUCCCUCGACCCUAACUCCCCUGCAAACUACCGCCCCAUAUCACUGCUCCCACUAGCUUCAAAACUCCUCGAAAAACUAGUUUUCAAUCGCCUAACCCACUUCCUGUUGUCCAACUCAUUGCUUGACCCCCUGCAAUCUGGCUUCCGUCCCCAACACUCAACUGAAACUGCUCUCACCAAGGUUACUAACGAUCUCCUUUCUGCUAAAAACAAAGGCUACUACUCUAUACUCAUCUUACUUGACCUAUCUGCUGCCUUUGACACUGUUGACCAUCCCCUUCUCCUACAGUCUCUCAGUUCUCUUGGUCUCUGUGACACUGCCCUCUCCUGGAUUCACUCUUAUCUCUCUAACAGAUCCUUCUCAGUCUCUUUUGCUGGUGACUCCUCCUCUCUAUUGCCCCUGUCUGUUGGAGUACCUCAAGGCUCUGUCCUGGGUCCUCUACUCUUCUCUAUUUACACUUCUUCACUGGGUAAACUUGUCAACAGCUAUGGCUUCAGCUAUCACCUCUAUGCUGAUGAUACCCAGAUCUACCUUUCCACCCCUGCACUCUCUCCUUCUGUCAACUCUCACAUCAGCGACUGCUUAUCUGGCAUUUCUUCCUGGAUGGCCUCUCACCACCUAAAAAUAAAUAUGUCCAAGACCGAACUACUUCUAAUUCCCCCCUCUAGCUCCACUCCCGUCUCUAAUUUCUCUAUCACUGUUGGCGGCACCACUAUCUCCCCAUCACCCCAAGUCUGCUGCCUCUGAGUCACGCUUGACUCAAAUCUGUCCUUCAUUCCCCACAUCCAACUGCUCUCUUCAUCCUGCCGCAACCACCUACGCAAUAUCUCCAAAAUUCGCCCGUUUCUGAGUGCUGAAACUACCAAACAGCUCAUCCACUCCCUGGUAAUUUCCCGACUUGACUACUGUAACAACUUACUAACUGGCCUCCCUCUCUCCCGCCUCUCUCCCCUCCAAUCCGUCCUAAAUGCAUCCGCCAGACUAAUCCACCUCUCUCGACGCUCUGUUUCUGCUGCGCCUCUCUGUGAGUCCCUUCACUGGCUCCCCAUUCACAACAGAGUUAAAUUCAAAAUUCUCACCCUGACCUACAAAGCCCUCACCAAUGCUGCCCCACCCUACCUGUCCUCACUCAUCAACAAAUAUACUCCUGCCCGUCCCCUAAGAUCCAACAACGACCUGCUUCUUGCAUCCUCUACCAUCACCUCCUCUCAUUCUAGACUACAGGACUUCUCUCGUGCGGCACCAACCCUCUGGAACGCACUUCCUCGAGAUGUCAGACUUGCCCCUAACCUCUCCUCCUUUAAACGUUCCCUAAAGACCUUUCUGUUCAGGGAAGGAGACAAUACGACGUCUUUUAUUUCCUGCAUGACUCAUAUGUAUAUAUUUACAUCAUUGCAAACUGAUGUGCUUUUAAUACUAGCGGUCAUGGGCUACGACCGUUAUGCAGCUAUCUGUAACCCCUUGCAUUAUCGUAUGAAGAUGAACCAAAAUAUUUGUGUUAUAUUGACCACUGUCUCUUGGGUAAUGGGUUUUAUGGAAGCCACACCUAUACUAGUAGCAAUAUUAAGCUUCACAUGUUAUAAAUCCAACAUAAUAAAUCAUUUUUUCUGUGAUUAUAUGCCAUUGAUGAAACUCAUUUGCAGUGAUACUACGUUUUUUGACCUUUAUAAACUUAUUGUUGGAAGUUUGAUCGGAUGUUUCACUCCAUUUAGUAUCACUUUCAUCUCUUAUAUCUUUAUUAUUAAUACCAUCAUGAGAAUUAAUUCCAGCACUGGAAGACGUAAAGCCUUCUACACGUGCUCUUCACACCUCAUCGUUGUUAUCCUUCUUUAUACAACGAUCUUCUGCCAAUAUCUGACACCAGAAUCAAUGGGUAACUUAGAAAGCAAAAAACUUUUUUCUCUCUUUAAUACAGCAGUAGUUCCCAUACUGAAUCCAAUGAUUUACAGCCUGAAAAAUAAAGAAGUGAAAUCAUCAUUUAGACGAUUUUUAAAAGCAUUUAAGGUUUCUUUUUAA